AUGCCGCGCACAAUCGUCACCAAGGUUGCGCGCGCAACUUCGCGCUCUCUCCAAAUCUCCCGCGCCACCCGCAUCACUUCCACCCCCUUCGCCGCGGCUUCAUUACUCCCCAGAGCCACUGUCCCCCGUUUCUUCUCAACCGCCGGCCCCAAUGGCAACAUGAUCACUCCCGACAAUCAGCCCGUCCAGCCCAAGAAAGAUGCCAGUCCUAGUGUUGUCCGCGCCGCCACCGAGUUGACGGAUGACCAGUACCACAAGCUCGCCGAUGAGUACAUGGACAGACUGGUCACCCACCUCGAAGAGCUUCAGGACGAGCGGGAAGACAUUGACGUUGAGUACUCGGCCGGCGUGCUCACCGUCUCGUUCGACGACGGCAUCGGCACCUACGUCAUCAACAAGCAACCGCCCAACAAGCAGAUCUGGCUGUCUUCGCCCAAAUCCGGUCCCAAGCGCUACGACUAUGUGACGUUAGGCGACAGCCAGAACGACAAGGAGGGUACCGCCAAGGGCGAGUGGGUGUAUCUGCGAGACAACUCGACCAUCAACCAACUCUUCCGUGAUGAGCUACAGAUCGAUCUUAGCAUGCCGGUCGGCCAUUACGGUGAAGAGGAGGCUUAG